AGCACGUAUACUUAAACCUCACUGCACUUCUUCUCGUGCAGUUAAAUUAUUUCUCAUAGUAAAGUUUAAGUUUUGACCAUUGGAUCUCUUAUCUUCUUCUUUCUUCAAUUUCUACAUUCCCGUUAGGGUUAUGCGGACACUGUUAGCUCGUAACCUUUGUUAAAGCCUAUCUAGAAGCUGUAAUAAACUGCGUGGACGAGUGUUUAUUCUCUGUGCCAUUAGUAUUCCGUUACUGUUGAAUUGAAGAGCUCCUGCUGUAAGCCGACAGUUCAGUGAACGGAUUUAAGGAAUGAUCCUCUCUGCACUUUUGACUUCUGUUGGAAUCAAUCUUGGCCUUUGUUUUCUCUUCUUCAUAUUGUAUUCUAUAUUGAGAAAGCAGCCAGGAAAUGCUGAAGUUUACGCACCACGCUUGGUUGCUGAGGGGAAAUCUCAGCAAAGCAGCAAUUUCAAUUUGGAGAGACUUUUGCCGUCUGCUGGUUGGGUGACAAGAGCAUGGAAACCCUCAGAAGCAGAGCUCUUAUCAACCUCAGGCUUGGAUGCUGUUGUCUUCAUGCGCAUUUUUAUAUUCAGUGCUAGAGUUUUUGCCUUUGCUGUCAUCGUGGGGGUUUUCAUUCUUCUUCCGAUCAAUUACAUGGGGAAACAACUAAGUCUUGAUAUUUUUGACUUGCCCAACAAGUCUCUGGAAGCAUUCACUAUCUCAAAUGUUGACGACGGAUCAAACAGGUUAUGGAUUCAUUUCUCAGCUGUUUAUAUCUUCACGGCAGUGGUUUGCUAUCUUCUUUACUUUGAGUAUGACUAUAUCUCAUCAAAAAGAGUUUCACACUUUUAUUCAUCAAAACCUCAUCCAGAUCAGUUUACCAUUUUAGUUCGAAGUAUUCCAGCUUCAUCAGGAAGAAGCUACAGUGAAACAGUUGAAAGUUUCUUUUCAGAGUAUUAUCCCACUACAUAUCUUUCACACUGGGUUGUCCGGCGAGCAAGCAAACUCCAAGGUCUCAUUAAAAAUUCUGAUAAGUUGUACAGAAGGCUUGUGCACUUGAAAUCAGCAAACCAUGGUCAACAGAGGUUCAGGCGUUCUGGUUUCAUGGGCCUUUUUGGACAGAGAGUUGAUCUACUUGAUCAUUAUGAAAAGAAGCUGGAAGAUAUAGAAGACAAUGUAAGGGCUGAACAAUCUUCAACUCUGGGAAAGGAGGUAGGAGCUGCCUUUGUAUCCUUCAGGACACGUUUUGCUGCAGCUGCAGCUAUACACAUGCAGCAAGGUGUAAAUCCCACACAAUGGGUCAGUGAGCCAGCUCCUGGUCCAGAGGACGUCUAUUGGCCUUUCUUUUCAGCAUCAUUUCUAAGGAGAUGGAUUAGCAACCUGGUGGUCGUUGUGGCAUUCGUCCUCCUUACUGUGCUAUUUGUUAUACCCGUUUUAGUCGUCCAAGGGCUUACACAUCUUGAGCAGUUGGAAAUCUGGUUUCCCUUUUUGAAAGGUUUACUUAGAAUUGCAUUUGUUACCCAAGUGAUAACCGGAUAUCUUCCUAGUCUUGUACUUCAGCUGUUUCUCCUUCUUGUGCCACCCAUAAUGAUUAUGUUCUCAUCCAUACAAGGGUACAUUGCUAUGAGUCGGAUUGAGAAAAGUGCAUGCAUCAAAGUUCUGUGGUUUACUAUAUGGAACAUUUUCUUUGCAAAUGUGCUCUCUGGAUCAGCUCUCUAUCGUGUUGAAAUUUUUCUUGAGCCCAAAAAAAUUCCUGCUGUAUUAGCUGUAGCAGUUCCAGGACAGGCGACUUUCUUUAUUGCCUAUGUGGUUACAUCUGGAUGGACCAGCACUUCUUCAGAACUUUUUCGGCUGACGACCCUCGUUUUCAAUUUUAUAAAGAGAAAUAUCUGUAGGAAAGUUGAUGAUGAGUUUGAGGUUCCUUCACUUCCUUACUACAGUGAGAUUCCCAGGAUUCUUUUAUUUGGCCUCCUUGGGAUAAUAUACUUCUUCCUUGCUCCCCUAAUUCUGCCAUUCCUCUUGGUUUACUACUGUCUGGGAUAUCUCAUCUACCGGAACCAGCUGCUGAAUGUUUAUGCACCCAAGUAUGAGACUGGUGGAAAGUUGUGGCCUAUAGUACAUGAUUCGAUGAUCUUCUCCUUGAUACUGAUGCAUGUUAUAGCCAUUGGAAUAUUCGGGCUAAAGAAACUUCCUCUGGCUUCAAGCUUGAUAGUACCUCUUCCAAUCGUUACUCUUGUAUUCAACAGCUAUUGUCGGAGACGCUUCCUACCUAUGUUCAAGUCUUAUUCUGUCGAGAGUUUGCUAAAAAAGGAUAGGCAGGAGCAAAAUGAUCCUGCACUAGCAAAUUUUCAUAAUACAUUAGCCACAGCUUAUCAGGAUCCAGCACUACUGCAUGUCGGGUAUUCUGGAAAUACUGCAAGUAUCAAUGCUCCCCUUCUUAGUACUGCUGAAACCUGAAGCUGAUGCUUAGGAUGUAAUUGAGCUAUUGCGAGCUGUAAUUAUGUUACACUUUUAGUUGGCAAGCAUGUGGAUUUUAUAGAUUUGUAAGAUGAUCUGAUUAUGGGAUUCACCAAUAUGUAGUUUCGAGUUCAAUCUGCUUCUCUGUAUAACACAACUUUUUGGUAUAGUUCAAAUACUUUGGAUAACACCAUCUUCUAGUUGACAUUGUGCUGUAUGUACCUUGAAAUUGUAAUGGUGCAAGUGAUUUUUAUUUCA